UCAUCGUUGUGGGUGGAACCCGGAAGUCAUUCAGCUCAUCAGGAUACUAGUACAACAUGCUGUCCUAGAGUAUGCGUCCAAAUCAGCUGCAUUAAAGUAGAUUCUAUGAUUUCUGUCCGCUGCGUUGCAUCUGAGUUAGCUAAAGUCAGAGGCUCGUGCAGACUAGCGGCAGCAAACAUGUGCAAAGAACUCAAGACUAAAAUGCUGCGUCUGAUGCCGCCGAGCUCCAACGGGCCAACGAUAAAUGAGGAGGAUCAUGAUCGGACAGCAGAUGACAGUGAUGAGGUCCUGAAGUGUACAGUGAAGGCUCUCCAAGAUGGUCACAUUGUUGCUGUGCCAACUGAUACCAUCUAUGGUCUGGCAUGUCUGGCUCAAAACUCUGAGGCAGUCCGAAAGAUUUACGCCGUGAAGGGGCGUAAUGGACAAAAACCGCUGGCCAUCUGUGUCAGAGAAAUUCAGGACAUCUACAAAUAUUGUAAGGUGGAGGUAAAGAAGGAGCUGCUGGGUGACCUUCUGCCUGGUCCUGUCACUCUGGUAUUCAAGCGAUCAGAGACACUAAACCCCGCUCUCAACCCCUUCACUUCUCUCGUAGGCGUCCGUAUUCCCAAUCAUGGCUUCAUGAGGCGCCUGUGUCAGAUGUGUGAGGAACCACUCGCGCUCACCAGCGCCAACGUCAGCUCUCAUACCAGCACAGUGGAAGUACACGAGUUUCAGGAACUCUGGCCUCACGUAGCCGUGGUGGUGGACGGUGGGCCCAUAGGGGACCAAAGCCGCCUUGGAUCAACAGUGGUUGAUCUCUCGGUGUGUAACAAAUAUCGCAUCAUCAGACCAGGCUGUGCCCUUUCUGUUACACUUGAUGUGCUGGAGCGCAAAUAUGGACUGUCAGAGGACUUGGGGGAAGAAUGACCUUUAAACCCUCCACACUUCACAGCACAGCUGAGACGCACAACCAGCUCUGGCUUCAGCAUACUCGGCCAAGAAUCUGAAUUCAUUACCGGUGUUUUAUGGGAAGAACCAAAACUCAGGGAGAUGCUAAGUCUUUAAUCAGUUCUUUUUUUUUUCUUUGAGUAGCCAUUUGACAUUUUUAAAUGCAGGAGUUUCAGAUGUUUUAGUUCAACUAGGUCAGCAGCUGAGUUUCUUUAAGGUAAGGCCGACUUAUCCAACAAAAUGUUUUGAGUCUUUAUUUUCACUUAAUGUGAUUAAUGCAAUGGCUGGAACCCGGUGAGCCUUUCUCCAUGGCCUGAAUGAACCUCGGCUGCAGUGAGCCGUGCAUGCUCUUUGUUCUGUGCCACUGCUCAAACUGGUUUUUUUAUUACAUUUUCCAUACUUUUAUGUCAUAUAUUGAGAUCCUGGUAACACCUCAGAGUAUUUAUUUCAUAUGUGCAGAUAUUUCAUUUAACUCUGCUUAAAGUGUUUGAUAAAAGCUGGAUUAAUAGAUUGUAAAUCUGUAUAAUCGCAUUAAAUCCUUUAUGGUGCCAUUGAAACUUUCUUUUUUUUUAGAAAUGUCUGUAUGGAUUAUUGACUGAGUAUGAAAUAAAGAAAAGGAAAUUUCUAAUCAAACACAGAUACAUCGAAAGAACUUUUAAUAAAAAAAACAAAUGCUAAAUCUAAUCCGUUAGGUAAGUCAAGCCAGUUUCAUUUGAAUUUUAAGCAGCAAAAGCAGACUUGAUUAUUUAUUUAGUUCCGUAUUUGUAGAACUUUGUGUUCAACAUGGCUGCUUUGAAAAUGAUCAAAUCCACAGCAUGGAAGUGAUAAAAUGUUUAAAUUCCAACUGCUUAACAUGGAUUUACCUGCUUUAAACAGUUUAAAUAAGAUGUAACUGUUUAAAUAAAAUAGAUUUAUGUCUUC